ACAUGCACCCGUUGAUAGCGAACUACAUGCAGAAUCAGCUGGCGAUGGGCCGGCAGCCGAGCUCGAGUAAUGCUAGCGUGGCGACGACGGCGCCGGCGACGCCUGUACACAGCGGGCACAGCUUUGACGCUAAGGACUUGACUCCUUCGGAGCGCACAGGGGCGCCCCCUGGCGCCGGUAAGGACGCCGUGAAGCUGUUCGUGGGGCAGAUCCCUCGGCACCUGGAGGAGGAGGACCUGCGGCCGAUGUUCGAGGAGUUCGGCAAAAUUUACGAGCUCACCGUGCUCAAGGACAAGCACACCGGCAUGCACAAAGGGUGCGCCUUCCUGACUUACUUCAACCCGGAGAGCGCGUCGAGCGCGCAGUCCGCGCUUCAUGAAAAACGGACACUACCAGGGAUAGGUAAGCUAAAGUGGGACUGGACUGGAUACGUCUGCCGCAUGGCGAGUGAGCUGUGGGCUAAGAUUGAUACAGAGUGGAAACCCGGCCUAACGCGAAGAUCUGGCAGACCCCGCCGGCGAUGGCGGGACGACUUGGAUUGCUUCCUUAAUAAUUGGGCCGAAAAAUAA